AUGUUUUUUCCCAUUGAAAGUAACAAUCAUUUUACCACAAAAAACACAAAUUUAAUUAAUGAUGCUUCGAAAAAGUUCAGAGACCUCCAAACACUACCAUUUGAAUCAAUUUGUGCUGGAGACCAAACUCUUAAUUGCGGAAAUAAUGGAAAAUGUAUAUCUUUACCAAAUGUUUCCAAUCAAAACCAAUUCUUAUGUGUAUGUGAUGAUGGUUUCACUGGUCCAAAAUGUGAAACUGCUUGGGAUGCUUGUUUGAGUUCCGGACCCACUUCUCUUUGUUUAAAUGGUGGAAUUUGUACCAGUACUGAUACCCACCCAUUUUAUCAAUGUAAAUGUACUGUUGGAUUUACUGGGAACAAUUGUGAACUUGAAAAUAAUGUAUGUAAAACUAAUAACCCAUGUCAAAAUGGAGGGAAAUGUACAUAUAUUGGAGAAAAUUUACCCAUUUUAUGUACUUGCCUUACUGGAUACACUGGUGAUUAUUGUCAAAUCACUGUUGAACAUGGUAUUGGUGGAGCAGGAAUUCUGCUUCACCCAGGACAAAUCAUUAUGAUGUGGGCAUUCCUCAUAUUUGUCCUUGCCACCAUUCUAUAUUGUACAUUCUCCGUUGUUUAUGACAUAAUUGUACAAAUCAGGGCAAAGAAAAAGCAGAAAGAAAAAGAAGAUGUAGAAGAAGACGUUUCUUCCCCAACAAAUAAAUGA